UUGUUAUCAUAUUUGAUUGGUCUAAAUUGUGGCGUUCUCUGACGUAUCAUGUACGCCAUUGGCUAUUAGUAGACGUCUGUUCGUGCUGUUGGCCAGCUCGGCCAAUCACAGAGCAUUUUUACUCAUCUGAUUCAGUCGAUUUAUUUGACGCUGGUGGGUGUGUUUCGUUGAUAAAUGAAUGUAAAAAAGUUUAACGUGUUCUUCAGUUUAAAGUCACGUUUGUAAUCUGCGUGUCACACAACCAAGAAUAUACACGUCGCUCAAGCGACGACUAGCUAUUAUUUUCACUGCAGUACCUGUUGGAAUUGCAUAUUAUGGCCACACGUGUUCGUCCGAGCGGUAAGCGGUGUGCUGUCAUCGGGGGAUCCGGGUUCCUGGGACGACACUUGGUGGAAAAGCUGUUGAGUCGGGGCUACUCUGUUUCCGUGUUUGACAUCCGUGAAACCUAUGAGCUGUCUGGCGUCACCUUCCACCAGGGAGACCUCUGUGACAAACAGACCUUACUGCCAGCUCUGAAGGACGUGUCCCUGGUGUUUCACUGUGCAUCACCAGCACCUGCCAGCGAUGACCGUAAGCUGUUUGAGAGGGUUAACAUUCAGGGCACACAGACUGUUAUUCAAGCCUGUAUGGAGGCUGGAGUCCAGAAAUUGGUCCUGACGAGCAGUGCCAGUGUGGUUUUUGAGGGUAGAGACAUUAAAGAUGGGAAAGAAGAUCUGCCAUAUGCCAAGAAACCUAUUGACUAUUACACACAGACCAAAAUUGAGCAAGAGAAGUUGGUUCUCCAGGCAUGUGACAGGGAGAAGGGUUUCCUCACAGUUGCCAUCCGGCCUCAUGGCAUCUUUGGCCCUCGGGACCCACAGCUGGUUCCUAUCCUUGUGGACACGGCUCGCCAAGGCAAAAUGAAGUUUAUUAUUGGUGAUGGGACCAAUCUGGUAGAUUUCACUUUUGUGGAGAAUGUAGUUCAUGGACACAUUCUGGCUGCUGAACGCUUGAGGCCACACUCUCCCAUAUGUGGAAAACCAUACCACAUCACUAAUGACGAGCCGGUUCGAUUUUGGGACUUCAUGUCUGAGGUAUUACUGGCUUUGGGAUACGAUGUCCCCCGUUACCACCUCCCAUACACACUGGUUUAUGGACUGGCUGUGCUUCUGUGGCUGCUGUCACUUGUGCUGCGCCCUCUAGUGGCCUUCAAACCCACUUUUACACCAAUGAGAGUGGCUCUAGCUGGAACGCACCACUACUACAGCUGUGACCGUGCCAAGAAGGACUUGGACUAUAAACCAUUGGUUGGUUUGAAGGAGGGGAUAGCGCGCACAGUUCAGGGCUUUACCCAUCUCAGACGAGGGGCAUGAUGGGAGCAGAGAGAUGAAGUUCCACUGAUCGUAUGACACAUAUUUACACAUAAAAGAAGGUGACGAUAUGUAUUUUCCAGACCAUUGUGUAGUUAGAACUUUGUAUUGCAUUUAUAUGUAUUAAAUAUACUUUUUUCCCUGAUUAAGGCCGAUUUAGUUUUACAGCAGAUGGUUUAGUCUGCAAUGGUAUUUAAUAAAUUGCAAAAGCACUCUGUAUGAGUGGUUCAAUUACCCAUGCCAGCUAACACUGGCACACAUCCUUGUUCCUGUUUGUGUUUCACUCUGGAGCAUUGUCUGAAAAUACCCAAAUACAUUCCAUUGCAAAAAAGAUCCUACUGAUAGCACUUGCUUUAUUUUCAUAUAUACACUUCUCACAGGUGGUGCACUGAUUUUGGAGUAGCUGACCUUUCUGUUAUGUGGAGUAUGAGGUGUAGUGAGCCCGUUGGCAGUUUUGACUUAAUGAGUGCACAGAAUAUCAUCAUGACCAAGAAAGAAAAUGUAUGAUGGCCUCUCAGGGUGGUAGCUACAGCCAGGUAGGGGUCAUGGAAUGAUUACACAGGAUUCAAAAUUUAAAAAUGCUGUAAUCAAAUUGAAAAGUAAACCACAUUUGUCUGAUCAUGAAGAUUCUGACAAGGUG